CAACGCGGCUGCAGUUUUCAAACCUCAACUGUAACCUCCCGUCACCGUGUUCGCUGCCGUAGCCGGGAGCCACCUCACGGGGAGGUCAGGUCACAACUGUUGGCCGUUGUCCAGAAGAGUAAAAGUGGGUCCUGCCACGCUCGGAGCUACCCGGCACCUCACGGAGCUAGAGCUGGAGAACGCGUCUUGUGCCCACCUGCGUGGGGCGGGACUGGAGCCCCCUUGGAGGGGGCAGCCUCGGGAGAACCUGCUGCUGUCUGAGCGGUAAAAAUAAGUGACUGAAGAAGCCUACCUGAGAGUCAUCUAACAUGUCGAGGAGAAGAUUUGAGUGUCGAAGUAUUUCGGGCUUGCUAACUACAACUCCUCAAACUCCAAUUAAAAUGGAAAACUUUAAUAAUUUUUAUACACUUACAUCCAAAGAGCUAGGAAGAGGAAAAUUUGCUGUGGUUAGACAAUGUAUAUCUAAAUCUACUGGUCAAGAAUAUGCUGCAAAAUUUCUGAAAAAGAGAAGAAGAGGACAGGAUUGUCGAGCAGAGAUUCUACAUGAGAUUGCAGUACUUGAAUUGGCAAAGUCCUGUCCCCAUGUAAUUAAUCUUCAUGAAGUCUAUGAAAAUACAAGUGAAAUCAUUUUGAUAUUGGAACAUGCUGCAGGUGGAGAAAUUUUCAAUCUGUGUUUACCUGAGUUGGCUGAAAUGGUCUCUGAAAAUGACAUUAUCAGACUCAUUAAACAAAUACUUGAAGGAGUUUAUUAUCUACAUCAGAAUAACAUUGUACACCUUGAUUUAAAGCCACAGAAUAUAUUACUGAGCAGCAUAUACCCUCUUGGGGACAUUAAAAUUGUAGAUUUUGGAAUGUCUCGAAAAAUAGGGAAUGCAUGUGAACUUCGGGAAAUCAUGGGAACACCAGAAUACUUGGCUCCAGAAAUCCUGAACUAUGAUCCUAUUACCACAGCAACAGACAUGUGGAACGUUGGUAUAAUAACAUAUAUGUUGUUAACUCAUACAUCCCCAUUUGUGGGAGAAGAUAAUCAAGAAACAUACCUCAAUAUUUCCCAAGUUAAUGUAGAUUAUUCAGAAGAAACUUUUUCAUCAGUUUCACAGCUGGCCACAGACUUCAUCCAGAGGCUUUUAGUAAAAAAUCCAGAGAAAAGACCAACAGCCGAAAUCUGCCUUUCUCAUUCUUGGCUACAGCAGUGGGACUUUGGAAACUUGUUUCACCCUGAAGAAACUUCCAGUUCCUCUCAAAGUCAGGAUCAUACAGUAAGGUCCUCUGAAGACAAGACUUCUAAACCCUCUUGUAAUGGAACCUGCAGUGACCGAGAAGACAAAGAGAAUAUCCCGGAGGAUAGCAGCAUGGUGUCCAAAAGGUUCCGCUUUGAUGACUCAUUGCCCAAUCCCCAUGAACUUGUUUCGGAUUUGCUCUGUUAGCACUUUUCUCUUUUACUCAUUUGAACUGAAUGUCGAAUUUGAAAUCCACUUCAGUGUGAGAUUGUGGUUUAUAGCUUCAUAUAUGGCAUGUUUAUAGCUUCAUAUAUGGCAUGUUUAUAUUGUAAAUGCACUUUAGCAUAGAAGAAUUUAGGGAAGUGUUUUAAUGCUAAAUUACUAGUUACUAGCAUAAUUUCAUUUCCUGUACUGAGAUAUCAGCUCUCAAAGAAGAUAUUUAAAUAUGUGACAAAAAAUAAAAUUGUACAUGUGAGUUUACAUGUUAAUGAAAGAAUUCAAGUUCAAAUGGAUUUAUUAAAAUGUUUUACAUAUCAGGAAAAGUAACUUGGGUUAUAUUAUGGUUGAUGUAAACAGAACAAAAUGAAGACAUUUGAAUUUAAUAGAUUCUCCAAGGUAAGUUCUAUACCAUGCCUCUAUUGACAACAUUUUAUUUAGAAUAUACACUAUUUUAUAGAUGCUCAAGAGAUAUUUUACACUUGAAAAUGUUUUUCAAUCAUGGAUAUUUUGAAACUGCAUAAGAUUUCCAUUACAUAUGGUCUGCUAUAUGAGACAGGUCCUUUAACCAGAGCAGAGAGGGGGUUAGAAACUAGAUUAGGGAUAUUCUAUACAAGUUGAAGCAGAGGAAAGAGCAGCAAGGCAUCAUUUUUAACUCAAAUGUCUUUUGCCCAUUCUCAACAUACGUCAGAUUUAACAAGGUGUAAAAGAUGGAGAAUACAGGGUACAGAGGUGUAGAGGAUUUUCAUCCUCCAGAAUCUCUAGAGUAGAAGAUGCUUAGGUAAAACUGAGUAUGCUCUGUUUUCAGUCAACCAAACAUAUUUAUUAAUUGAAUGUAGAAGAAAAUGCUGACAGACUUAUGCAACUUACAGAAUUGUAGGUAUCUUCUAAGUCUUAGAAUAGAAGCCAAUCAUUCAGAGUUCUAAAGGUAUGCAUAAAAAAUAUCAUGGCACCAGUAGUACUAUUUACACAGUGCCAGAGUCAGCAGUAGCAUGGUGGAUAUGCUCAUAAAGCAGGAUGACAUCAAGCUCUUCUAAAGUUCUUGUGUAAAAUUCCUAGUGAGUGAGAAGGCUUAGCAGGAGAUCUGCAGAGUGGCAUUUAAAUGGUCUUUUGCUGGGGCCAGUGCAGGUAAUAGUCCAGGGACAGCAGAAUGUUUGAUGGGUGGCCGGUGACUAUGUUGGGUCCUAAUUGGCAGGGGGCGGGGAAGAGUGACUCCUUUUUGGGUAAUCUUUGAUGACUUUCCACCUGGAGCCUAUUAAAAACUCUGUUAUGUUACCAUGUUAAGAUAACUGUAACUUCAUGACCAUGUUACUGUAUCAAAAGAAAUUAGGUUUUGUCAAAAGAAAUCCUUGAGUUUUUUCCGUUUGAAUUAUAUAUUACUCUAAAACCUUUGACUUCUUGAAACUUGGUAAGACUCCAGAUAACUUAAAACUGUUUUUAAUAACCGUCAGAUCACUUUAUUUGUGUAAAUGAAUUCCUUUUAUAUCCUCAGCAUUUCUUAAAGGAAAAGUUAUUUCUGCUCGUGUGUGUGUGUGUGUGUGUGUGUGCACAUGUGUAUAUGUAUUUGUAUAGGUGUAUGUAUAUAUGUAUAAAUAGAUGAAAUAUAGUCCUUAGACAACUUUCUCUUAGAGAUUCUUCCCUCUGGUAUAUUGUACUCAACUCAGGUGCCAAAGGAGCUCAUCUUAAGACAUGUAAAUAUACAUUUAACUUCUUUAAGAAGUAGUUUAUCGGUUCAAUAAACUAGUCAUUGCGGAAGCUAAAUUGGGCUUUCGUGUAUCUAAAACUGAUGAGUUUUUUCUAAAUUGUUGUUGCCCAUUUAUUUGCCUUCAGUAUUAAGAUAAUGCUUAGUAAAGCUUAGUAAGUAAGUCAUUGGAGAAAGAGGAAAUUAUUAUUUUGACAAAAGACCAUAUUUUUAACUUUCCAGAGGAAUUAUGCCAUACUAAAAAGCAAAAAUCAAGAAAUGUUCGAAUUUUGAAUUAUAAACUGUUUCUUAAAAAAAUAUUUUAUACGAGUUUUCUUUUAUUCUGAGAAAUCUUUAAAUAGUUUGUCUCCUUCCCCUUAGUUAAUAGAAUACACAGGGUUGUAAAUUUCCAUACCUUUUUUUCCUACCAAUUUUUAUUGUAAAAUAGCAACUAGUAGGUUAUGCAAACAGUAUAAAAAUUCAGUUUUUUCAUCAAGGUGAAUUUAAAUAUUUUCUCUGAAAUAUGAAAAUAAACCAAUUUUUAGAGAGAACUUAUUAACAAAUAACUCAAUUCUUAUUUUUUUCCUCCCAAGAUUGAAAACAAGAGGUGAAUAGAUCUCAGUAACACAUCUGAAGAUUAAUGUUAAAUUGUGGUGAGUUUAUGAAGUUUAAUUUGCUUUUCGGAUAGGAGCCCUGGAUAGAUGGGAUUAAAAAGAUGAGGUAUAGGUGACAAUCAUAAGUGUCAUUUCAACUUUUUCCCCCCACAGUAAAGUUAACCUAACUCUAAGCAGUAAAAUUAUAAUGACACUCUAAAGAAGUAAGCGGUACCUGUUCUCCAGUCUGUAAUGAGAUGAGGCACCUGUGCUAGAAUAUAAAUCAACACAUUGCUUCCUUUAUCAAGAAAGUCUUGUUAUAAAAAAAAAGUCGGCCAAUUAGUAACAUAAUAGAUUUUCAUUCUGGCACAAAUUCUUUCUUUCAUUUUGGAUGAGUCACGAAUCAUUCAUAGACCAUAUUUUGAAUAGCCUUGCUUUAAGCAACAUUUAUAACUGUUGGUAUUUUAUAACUGUUUACAUUUCCUCUGUUUAUUUUUGAAUUUUCAGUUUGAUAUCUGACUUGGAAACUUGUCCUUAUUCAUUGUUGUGUAAACAAGUGUACUUUAAUUUCAUAUUGUUUUAAAAUUAAGUUAUCUGA